GCAUGUCAUGAACAGCUGUUCCAUCAAAUUGUGUGUUUUUCGGACUGAUUUGUGUUGCUAAAAAUUCUGUUAAAAUCUCAACAUUUGCUUUGUAUCAUUUUUCAGAUCAAAGAUAACGGGAUCUGCUUUGCUCAUGCAAAUGAACCAAUUGUUCAUCUGAUAUGAAAACAACAUUACAACGGGGACAUAUUAAUAAUUUAAAAUAAAGACUCAGAUUUGUUGUUGAUGAAAUGAUAAAGGUUCAAUCAAUAGUUGUCUUUUUAUGUUGUACUUUGCCAUAAUAGUUUUAUCUUUUUUUGUGGAGCUGAAAAUUGUUUUGGUUGAAUGUUUAUUACUUAAAAUGAACUAGAUACAAACUUGUUGCAUAGGGAAACAAUCUAGUACUUCUUUACCAAUGUUCUAUUUUCAAUAAUUACGUUUUGAUGUGAAUGAGCAUCUUGUUGGAAUCAUUAUGUUAUUGUGGCUCCUUGUAUCACAUUACUGUUUUUUAACUCUAUCUUUACCAUUAUGUCUGAUUUCUUUGAGAUUUAAGCCUUUAUGGAAUAGAUGUAGUUUAAUUAUUUUGCUAAGUAUGAUUUGUCUGAGCACUCCAUUAUUUGAAUAUUUUAUAAUGAUGAAUCUGAGGUAACUUGUGACUGAGGACAAGGGUUGUUCAAACACUAGCCUUGGUGCUGAAACCUUUUGACAUUUUUUAGGUAGCAGGCAAACAUUUUUCUUAGUGUUGUUUUUACUUAAUGAUGAUGUUAGAACCAUGCCAUCAUACUGUUCAGUUUGAAAUGUUCAAAACGUGUGCUGCCUGCAUGUCACAUCUUCCAUCUACAAUAGUUAAAUGUUGUCCGACUUAAAAAAAAAAGAAUUAGUUUCUUCAUCUAAAUAUUAUUUUAAAUUCAUAAUCAUUAAAUAGCAUAGACGUGUUUCUGAAGUAAAAGUAUAAAACGCAUGGUGGCAGUGUAAAAUACAAUUUCACUCUGAAAAAUCUGCCGGGGUGGAUCUGUGGUUCCACCUCGUUAUUAUUGUCUGGGGUUCGGUGUGUCUCGUCUUUGUGGCUGCUCUGUCCAAAGGAUCGGUUUCUGCUCGCUUUUGGUUAUGGCUUAAUUAAAAAUUGAUGCUUGGAUCUUGCUUUAAUUGAAGAUUUUUUUUUCUCUGUGUGGUGGAUUACUGAUGAAUCUGAGGUGAAUAUGGGACAAAGACGAGGUGAGCCGAAACGGGCGCGAGGAUAUCUGGUUGGAUCCGUUGUCGCGCUGCUUUUGUGGAGCGUCGCCUCUGCGCAGCUGAGGUACUCCAUCUCAGAGGAGGUGAACGAAGGAACUGUGGUGGGAAACAUAGCAAAGGAUCUGGGAUUAGAUAAGAGCUCUCUACGAGACAGGAGGUAUCGGAUUGUUUCCAGUGACGCAGACCCUCUUUUUCAUGUGAGUCAGAAUGACGGAAUCCUCUAUGUGAGCAGAAAGAUAGACAGAGAAAAGGUGUGCGCGCAGAGCGGCGCGUGUUCAAUUAACCUAAAAACCGUGCUGGAAAACCCACUGGAGGUCCACUACGUCCGGGUGGAGGUGAUGGAUGUUAACGAUCAUUCUCCCAGCUUCCAGGAGAAUGAAACCACGCUGGAGAUUUCAGAGUCCGUCUUGCCUGGAGCGCGAUUCCAGCUCCGAGCAGCAGGGGACCCAGAUAGCGGUCAUCUCUCUGUGCAGCAAUAUAAACUCAGCCAAAACGAGCAUUUUCGUUUGGAAAUUAAAGAUAAAGAAGAAGAUGACGGUAAUACACCUAUACUGGUUGUUCAAAAACCGUUAGACAGGGAGACAGCAGGGAGCCACUUAUUGGUUCUGACAGCUUUAGAUGGUGGAAAACCUCCAAAAACCGGUACAAUGAAUAUAAUAAUAAACGUUUUGGACAUUAAUGAUAACGCACCAGUUUUUUCUGAUGACAAUUAUCCCAUUAUGCUGAAUGAAAAUCCCAGAUCAGGAACAAAAGUCACACAAGUGAAUGCAACAGAUCUAGAUGAAGGGACAAACGGAGACGUGGUUUACUCAUUAAGCAAAACUAAUAAACCAUAUAUUCUAAACCUGUUUGAAAUGAAUCCAGUUACAGGUGAACUUUCAGUCAAAGGUUUUAUAGAUUAUGAGGAGAAAGAUAAAUAUCAAAUAGUAAUCCAUGCCUCAGAUAAAGGCAUCGCUCCUCUGACAGCAGAAAAAAGUGUAAGAAUUAAAAUAGUUGAUGUUAAUGAUAAUGCUCCUGAGAUUGAAGUGACCUCAUUUUCUAGCUCCAUCCCUGAAGAUUCCAGACCAGGAACUACUGUUGCUCUGAUCAGUGUAAACGAUCUGGACUCUGGUCUUAAUGGAAAAGUUAUUUGCUCGAUAAAUCAGGAAGUUCCUUUUAGUUUAUCUCCAUCCUUACAAGAUAAAAUGUUUUCAAUUGUCACCAAAUCUCCUUUAGACAGAGAGAAACAGUCUCAUUAUGAUUUGACAAUAACUGCAAAAGAUGCAGGUCAGCCACCAUUAUCAUCUGAAAAGACAAUACGUGUUGUUGUGUCUGAUGUGAAUGACAACAGUCCAGAGUUUACACUGAGUCCAUAUACUUUCUAUAUCACUGAGGGCAACAACCCAGGAGCCUCAGUGUUUUCUGUGAAAGCCUCUGAUGGUGAUGAAGGAGAUAAUGCAGUCAUCUCUUAUCAUAUUGUCAGAGACAGAGACGAACACAGUAAAUUAACUUCAUUUCUAAACAUAAACUCAGAAAAUGGACAAAUAACAGCUCUGAGAAGUUUUGACUUUGAAACUGUGAAAACGUUCCAGUUCCAAGUUGUGGCCUCAGACUCUGGAAGUCCGUCCCUGAGCAGCAACGUGACAGUAAACGUGUUCAUUCUGGAUCAGAACGACAACGCUCCAGUCAUCCUGUAUCCAGUCAGCUCCAACGGUUCUGCUGAAGGUGUGGAGGAGGUUCCCCGCAACGUGAACGCAGGACACUUGGUGACUAAAGUCAGAGCCUAUGAUGCUGAUAUAGGAUAUAAUGGCUGGCUGCUGUUCUCACUGCAGGAAGUGACUGACCACAGUCUGUUUGGUUUGGACCGCUACACAGGACAGAUCAGAACACUUCGCUCAUUCACAGAGACAGACGAGGCUGAGCAUAAACUGCUCAUCCUGGUCAAAGACAAUGGCAACGUUUCACUGUCAGCAACAGCUACUGUCAUUGUCAAAGUGGUGGAGCCCAAAGAGGCUUUUGCAGCUUCUGAUGUGAAGAGUUCAGCCAAAGAUGAUGAGGAGACUGAUGUGACUUUUUACCUGAUGAUCACUUUGGGCUCAGUGUCGGUUCUGUUCCUCAUCAGCAUCAUCGUGCUGAUUGCAAUGCAGUGCUCCAAGUCCACAGAAUAUACUUCUAAAUAUCUCCAAGAGGCUAAAUAUGAUGGGACACUGUGUCACAGCAUCCAGUACAGAUCUGGAGACAAACGCUACAUGUUAGUAGGACCCAGGAUGAGUGUAGGAUCUACUAUAGUACCUGGAAGUCACGCAAACACUCUGGUGCUGCCAGACAGGAGGAACACUUCUGAUGAGGUAAGGCAUUUACUUGAUUUAAAAAGUACAUCACUAUAUCAGAAUUACAUUUAUUUAGAAGCCUGCUUUCUUUCUAUUGGUUCCUAAACAAAUGUUUUCUAAUCUCUAUUGCGUUCCCAUGCUUGGUGUCGCAUGCAUGAUCCGUUGAACCUUUGCAAGACAUUGAUUCUUGAGUUUAGGGCUGAGUUUUAUGUCUGUCCUGUUAUUUACUUUGUACCAGCUUUUGUCUUUGACGUGUGAAGAGUCUAGUUUGUUCUAAUGAGCUUUAUGCUCUAUAGGGACCGCUGCUGUUGUUUAGUGCAGGCCUGUCUAUCUGAAGAUAUUGUUUUGUUUUCAUUUGUGCAGACGUGUCCAAUGUUCAGUUCGUUCAGGCCAUGAAUUAGAAAAUGGUUUAGGUGAGUGUUUCUGAUGUUUCUGCUGUGCUGCAAUGUGGUUGGCUCACUUUGGUAGAUUCAUUUUUAUUAUUGCUGGUUGUGUGAAAGCAGGGACUUUGUGUGGUGCAGAAUUACACAAGUAGUAGCUCUCAGGUUUUGG